UAACUUGACUUUGUUUCUGAUUUCUCUUGCUCAGCGAUCCUCRCCGGAUGUCAARGCAGAAAUGUUUGAGUUGCUUUACCAAAUACUUCACCAAAACUGGAGGUACUUCUUCAAAACCUCAGUCUUAACGAAUGUGCAAAAAGGAGGCGUUGACGACACCCUGGAGAACGAGGCCCAGUUCACGGCAGCCAUGCAGGCUUUUGGACAGUCCUUCCUGCAAACUGAUAUCCACAUCUUCAAGCAGAAUCUGACGUAUCUGGAGUCACUAAACAGCAAGCACAAGUUGUACCACAGAAAGCUUUUCCGGACCUCGAUGCUCUUCCACUUCAUCAACGUGCUCCUCCAAGUCCUUCUGCACAAAAGUCACGACCUCCUCCAGGAGGAAAUGACGCUGGCCAUUUACAACAUGGCCUCUGUUGACUUUGAUGCCUUCUACUCGGUUUUCAUGCCGCAGUUCCUGAACGGUUGUCAAGGUGUGGACAGCAAUCAGCGGGCCGUCCUCGCACGCAACUUCAAGCUGGAGCAGGACCUGCCCUCAUUCACUCAAAGCGUGCAGAGGCUGGUGAACGACCUUCGCUACUACAGACUGUGUAACAGUAGUUUGCCCACUGGCACCAUCAAGCUAUAGCAGAACGACUGCUGGAGCCACUCCACCCGUCAGCUGUGAUCUUCAAAGACUGCCUGUGCUGACCACUCCGACCAACACUCCUCCACUUUGGCUUCGCCACACUCAAAGCAACGGCAAGGAGCAACACACAUUUCUUGGUUGAGUAGUGGGAGGGUGAGCAUGCUGCUGAUGAUGUUUUGUUUUUGUUGUUUUUUUUUUUUAUUUCUACUGUAAAAGGUCGGCACAUUGAUCUUUUUCUGUGAGCAGUGUCCUUCCUCCUUUAGUGUCUUGCCAAUGAACAUUUGAUGAGGAAAUGUAAACCUGGUCUGCAGUUAGCAUCUUGCGCAGACCUGGAGCUGUCUGAGCCAGGCCUUCUCUCCCAUUCUGCUGCAAUAAAAGCUGGGCUGGGACUGAGCACUUUCAACUCAUUAUGAGUUUUUUUAAAUGUCUGCUUUUAUUCAUUUUUGCCUUUUUCAUCUCCAAAGGAGACCGAAUCUCAACUUAAGAUCUUUCAUAUCAUUCCAUUCUGAAGACGUGAAAACUGCUUGAUUUAAUAAAUUGCUUUUUUUUUNAAAAC